UUCACUAAAGCUGGUUUAUCCAGAAUGACUGUGGAGAAAUUCAGUUUUUAGAAAUGAUUUUAAAUUAACACUUCUUCCAAAAUAAUCAUAAAUACCACCCUGGUUGUUCUUUUCCUUUAUUUUUGUGCCAUUUGAAAGAAGCCUCAAAUGUCUUCCAAAUUAAAAGAAACCCUUAAAGAAUGGAAUAGUCUGGAAACGGAUUUCCAACAACUCCAGGAGACCCAUCGUCUUUAUCUGCAGAAGCUGGAGGAAGUCUCCAAGCUCCAGAACAGCUUCGCUGCCUCUAUAACUCACCAGAGGAAGCGCUUAAAGGACAUAUCUCAGUCUCUGAAGACAUACAGUAAAGGAUUAACAGAAGAGGAAACCAACUGUGUGGAAGAAAUUAACAGACACCUUCGGGAAUGGCCUGCUGUUUUCCUUCAGAUGGAGGCCUUCCUUCCUAAGAAAAAUGGGAUAUAUCUCAGUCUUGUGCUUGGGAAUGUGAACGUCAAUCUUCUAAGCAAGCAGUUGAAGAGUGCCUACAAAGAUGAAUAUGAGAAAUUUAAGCUAUAUGUGACUGUAAUCCUGUUCCUGCUAGGAUUCAUCUGUCAGUUUUUAGCCACCUACAGAUUUGUGGAUGCACUAGUGAACUUUGUCUUGGUUUGGUACUACUGCACUUUAACUAUUCGUGAGAGCAUCCUCAUCAGCAACGGAUCCAGGAUUAAGGGCUGGUGGGUGUUCCAUCACUACAUCUCAACCUUUCUCUCUGGGGUCAUGCUGACUUGGCCUGAUGGUGAGCUGUACCAGAUGUUCAGGAACCAGUUUCUCGCCUACUGCAUGUAUCAAAGCUUUCUGCAAUUCCUUCAGUACUACUAUCAAAGUGGAUGCCUUUAUAGACUGAAGGCUUUAGGGGAAAGACACAACAUGGAUUUGACAGUGGAAGGAUUUCAGUCAUGGAUGUGGCGAGGACUGACCUUUCUGCUACCCUUUCUGUUCUUUGGUCAUUUCUGGCAGCUUUUCAAUAGCAUCUCUCUGUUCAGAAUGGCUCGACUUCCUGAGUGUAAGGAGUGGCAGGUUUCUAUGUGUGGGAUUUGCUUCAUGGUUUUAUUUACAGGCAACUUCUUCACUACACUUGCAGUAGUACGUCACAAGCUGAAAAACCAGAGCUAUGGAAAAAGCAAAGUUCCAUAAACUUGGACGUUAUUGAUGUCCAUUAUUCAUAAUUUAUGCAUUCACAGUACAUUUUGGACAUAAGGCCGUAUGUGAAAAUCUAUAAAAUUGAUACUGCAAAAUAAAAGCUCAUGAACUGGUCAACCCUAUGACUUUCUAGUCUGUGCAGUGGUGGCAAACUUUACUGAGGCAAAAGUAAAAUUCAAUAGUUUAAUAACAUUCUAAUUUUUUUAAACUAAUGACAAUCAGGAUAAUAAGAAUAAUUUGUCAUUUUAUGUAAUAAAAUUUAUAUACAACAAUCAA